AUGGAGGAGUCUCGCGACGCUUCCGCCCAGGCGGUCGCUUCGACGAUCUCUCCCGUCGUCCCAUCCAAAACCCACUCGGAGACCGCGGCGGCGCCCUCCAGUCCCAUCUCCGACCCGGCCCUUUCGGCGCUGACCCCGCAUUCCCCCUCGGCAAUGUCCUCGUCGCCACGCCACCAUCACUCGCCAGUGGACGCCCUGCCGGACGCUGCCAGCCCUCCGCCCGCGGCCAGCACCCUGUCUGCCACUCCGCCGAACGACGACCGGGACAGCGACAUCGACGAGGCUGCCUCUCCGAAGAGCAGCGGCACCUCUCGAUCCAGUAGCCCGUCCCACGCCAUCACGCCGAUGGCCAACACGGACUCGUUGGCGCCGCCGCCGUCGCACAGUGCCGCCGCCGCCGCCGCCUCCGACUCCGGCUCCGGCUCCGACUCCGGCUCCGACUCCGAGCGUUCCCCCUCUCCCGACGGUGAUGCCGAGGCGCCGGUCCCCAUGAAUGGCGACGCUGCCUCCCCGGCCGCGGCCCCGGGUCCCGGGGAAGAGGCCGAUGCCCCGAUGGAUACCGACCGCCCGGCCGCCUACGCCGCCACCCCGGCGACCUCCCUUUCUCACCAUCACCACCAUGCCGCGCCGGCCGACUGUGCCGAGUCUGGAGUCAAUGGGACUUCGCGCCCCGCCGAGGCCGGUCGCCAGCCAGCCGACUUGCACACGGCCCUGCAGAUGAUUGCCAGCCUGGAGGCCGAGAAUGCCACCCUCCGGGCAGACCUGGACGCCGCCCGCCUCGAGCUGACGAAGCUCCACACCCGCGCGUCGACCGGGUCCUCCGUGGCCAGUGGCGACGAGCCGGUCUUCUCGCCGCCCAUGCAGCAUCCGGCCUCGACGCCAGCCGGCACCGCCAGCGACGUCAACGCCGGUCCGAUGAUCAAGCACGAGCAGCCGGCCCCGGUGGUGGAUCCCCUCGCCGGGGGCCUCCCCUCGGAGCACGGGUCCUUCGCCGCCACCGAGCGGCACUCCUCCUCACACCCGCACGACUCCAGCGUCCAGUCGACCCCGGGCCCGAAUGACAUCCUCGUGGCCAACCCCCCGGAGGGCCCGUUCCACAUUCUGUCCUCCUCCCUGGCGGAUGUCCCCUUCACGCCGGAGAUCUCCAAGGCGGCCAAGACCCUCCUGAAUGGCAUCUCCACCCAUCGCCAGGCGGCCUGGUUCUUGCACCCGGUGGACCCGGUGGCCUUCGGCAUCCCCACCUACUUUGAUGUGGUCAAGCAGCCGAUGGACCUGGGCACCGUGGCCACCAAGCUGGCCGAUGGCAGCUACUUCUCCGUGGCCCAGCUCCUGUUUGACAUCUACCUCGUUUUCUACAACUGCCGGCUGUUCAAUGCCCCCGGGACGGCGGUCGUCCUGGCGGCCAAUGCCGUGGAGAACUCCAUCCGCGACCGGGCCAAGCGCUUCAUGGCCGUCGUGCGCAAGUACUCCUCGCCGGACAUUGUCUACCCGGCGUGGGCCGGGUUCUCCAGCGCGGAUCUGGCCCGGCGGUCGCGCCGCGGGCGGACUCCCACCGGGGCCGCCGGCCCGGCCGUCGACGCCAGCCCCGGGUCCACUCCGGCCCCGGAUCACCACCACUCCCUGCAGCAGUCGUACGUCGGCGGGGGGGGCGACCUCCCUGUCAUGUCGCCCGGGCUGUACCAUCCGGCCGGCGCUGUCGGCAGUGCCGGUAGCACCCCCUCGGCGGCCAUGGCCGGCGGGGCUGCUUCCUCCCUGCCGGUGCAGGUGAACAGCUUCACGUCCAUCGGCCCGGCCGGCGAGGUCCUGUCCAUGGACACGGAUUUGCAGGCCGUGGCCCCGGCCACCCCGGCCGAGGCCAAGGGGCUGAAGCUGUGCGCGCGCAUCCUGGCCGACCUGUCUGCCAACAAGAAUCGCCGCUUCAAUGUGGCCUUCCUGAACCCGGUGGACCCGGUGCGCGACCAGUGCCCGGACUACCAUGACAUCGUGCGCGAGCCGAUGUCCCUGGCGCGUGUGUCGGCUCGGCUGGCGGCCCAGGCGUACACCCGAUGCGGGGAGUUUGUGCGCGACAUGCGGCAGAUCGGCAUCAAUUGCGACCGGUACAACCGCCCCGGCGACCUGGUCCAUGACAUGGGGCGCAACCUGAUGAGCGCCUUCGAGGAGCGGGUCCCCGAGAUUGAGGCCCUGUCCGGGGUGGACCUGCCCCCGGCGCCGGUGGCCCAGAUGGAGCAGCUCCUGUCGGCCCUGCAGUCGCAGCUGGCGGCCAGCGGGGCGGCCGUCGACCCCCCCGGGGCCACCGGCGGCCGGAAGGGCGGCACCGGCAGCAAGGCCAGCGCCAAGGCCGACGCCGCCCGGCCCAAGGCCGGCAAGGCCACCGCCACCUCCAAGAAGAAGGCCUCGCCUGCGCCCUCCUCCUCCAACAAGAAGUCCUCCUCCGCGUCCGGGUCUGCCGGCGCCUCUCAGAAGAAGGCCAGCACCAAGGCCGCCGGGUCCAAGGCCGCCACGGCCGCCGGGUCCAAGGCCGCCACGGCCGCCGGGUCCAAGGCCGCCGGCAAGGCCAGCACCAAGGCCGCCGGCGGUGGGUCCAAGGCGACUGCCGGGGCUGGCAAGGCCGCCAGCAAGAAGGCCGCGGCCGCGGCCGCCGCCGCCGCCACGGCCGCCGCCCUGCUCCACGCCCCGAUGACCUUCCAGGAGAAGUCGGACCUGGCCACGGCCAUCUACGACCUGGACCAGAGCCGGCUGCUGGUCAUCGUGCAGAUCAUCAAGCGCCACCAUCCGCAUCUGGACGGCGUGCAGGGCGACCUGGAGAUCGACAUCAACCAGCUGGACACGGCCACCCUGCGGGAGAUGGAGAACUUCGUCUUCCACGGGGUUGUCCCCCCGGCCGAGGGGCAAGCGGCCCUGCUCCAUGGGGGGUCGGUGUCGCUGGAGCAGCCGCCGGGCCAGGUUGGUCAGCAGCCGGGCGAUGCGGCGGCGGCGGCCGCUGCCGCCGCUGCCGCCGCCGCCGCCGCGCACCACAUGACGCCACAGUCGCUGGCCGGCUCGGCGGCGCUCGCGGCCAGCGCGGCCUACGGCGGUGUGCACCACCACGCGCACCAGGACUCGUCCGACGACUCGUCCGACGACUCGGAUGACUCGUCCGAUGAUUCGGAUGACUCGUCCGACGACUCGGACUCGGACGACGAGUAA